GGCGGCGCAGCAGCAGCCACCGCCACAGCAGCAGCAGGGAGCCUCAGAAGAGCGGCCGAGUGAACGCGGCAUCUUCUCGCCCGACCGGUCCUGCGCCUUCCCUGUGGUGGUCGCCAUGGAGGCGGUGGGGGCUGUGGAGGAGGGCGAAGAGCCUCCCAAAGGGGUCCGCGUUCUCGGUUCCGAGCUGGUGGAGACCUACACGGUGUAUAUCAUUCAAGUGAGUGUUGGGAGCCAUCAGUGGAUAGUCAAACAUCGAUACAGUGACUUCCAUGACUUGCAUGAAAAGCUGGUUUCAGAAAAGAAGAUAGAUAAGAAUCUAUUGCCUCCUAAGAAGAUAAUUGGCAAAAAUUCCAAAAGCUUGGUGGAAAAAAGACAAAAGGAGUUGGAAGUAUAUCUACAGACUCUCCUUGUCACAUUUCCUUUAGCUGCACCCAAAGUCUUGUCACAGUUCUUACAUUUUCACUUAUAUGAAAUCAUUGGGAUCACAGCUGCAUUGGCUGAAGAACUCUUUCACAAAGGAGAGCAGUUGCUUAUGGCUGGUGAGGUCUUUAACAUUAGACCUUUGCAACUAUAUGCUGUUACUCAACAACUUUGUCAGGGAAAGCCAACAUGUGCGAAUGGAGAUGCCAAAACCGAUCUCGGUCACAUUCUGGAUUUCACUUGUAGACUGAAAUAUUUAAAGAUAACUGGCACAGGUGGACCUUUUGGAACCAGUAACAUUCAGGAACAUCUUUUGCCAUUUGACCUAUCAAUAUUUAAGUCUCUUCAUCAGAUACAGAUAAAUCACUGUGGUGCAAAGCUGAUUAAAGGGUUGACAUCCUCAAAGCACACUUUAGCAACUCUGAGUGUUCAGUUUUCAGCAACGUCCAUGAUGGAGGUCCUAGUGCCCGAGGUCUAUGAAUUUGAUCAGUGGGAGCCAGAGGGUGCACCUUCAAGUUGUCCUGUGACAGCAGUUAUUCCAACGUGGAGAAUGUUAACAACCUUAGAUAUGAGUCACAAUAGUAUUGCCCGAAUUGAUGAUUCUGUGAAACUAAUGCCGAAGAUCGAGUUUCUGGAUUUAAGCCACAAUGAUGUACCACUAGUGGAGAACUUACAGCAUCUCUACAACCUCAUUCAUCUGGAUCUGUCUUACAAUAAACUCGCAACAUUAGAAGGCAUUCAUGCCAAAAUUGGGAACAUCAAAACUCUAAAUCUGGCAGGGAAUCAUCUUGAAAAGCUUUGCGGCCUCAACAAGCUCUACUCUUUAGUUAACCUGGAUCUUAGCAACAACAAAGUGGACCAGCUUGAUGAAAUAAGGAAUUUAGGAGGCCUUCCAUGCUUGGAAAAGGUGAUCUUGUCCAACAAUCCUUUGAGCAUUAUUCCUGAUUACAGGACCAAAGUGCUAGCUCAGUUUGGGGAUAGAGCCUCAGAGGUCUGUUUGGAUAAUACUAUAACCACUGAAAAAGAACUUGACACUGUAGAAGUGUUGAAGGCUAUACAAAAAGCAAAAGAUGUGAAGUAUAGAAUGAAUAAUUCUGAUAAAAAGAUCACUGAAGAUUGCAAGCUUUCUGCUGCCAGUUCAAAAUCAAACUGUUCUCUCUCUGUACAUCCUUCCUCCCCUUCUCUGCCUCAUCCUGUCAGCUCCAGUCAAGAAAUAACUUGUAGAAAAACAGCCCUAGCCAGCAGUUCCUCAUCAAGUAGUUUGACUCCUAAAAGCCAUACAGUUACCCAAAGAUGCUCUGAAAUGCCAGACCUGGGAAGCAGAAGUCAGGUACCUGCUUCUCAAUUAGACUUUUCUAACGAAUACGAAAAUGCACAUCAUAUAUGCUUGGACCAUUCAGAAGAAGUACCUGAUGCCUUGCCUGACACCCUUAAUACCGUUAUCUUACCUUUCACUUGUAUGGCAUACACUGCCACAAAUCAGGAUUUUGUGCAACAUCUCUCUGCUUUGAUAGCAGAAGCUGUGGAAAGUGCACCCCCUCUUUCAGUGGAAAAUCAAAAUACAGGGAACAUUUUGAAUGAUUCCAGAGUUGCAGACACGGAAGACGGCUAUUUUGAAAUGGGACUUCAUGAAGGAGACCAUGUGCUUCAGUUCACCACUACUUCGGACGUUAUGGCAAUAGCUUCUGAUAGCACAAAAGCAGAACAAGCCGACAUAGUCAAAGUCCUCUGGGGUUUCUGUAUUCAGGUUCAUAAAGGACUCAGGCAGUUUGCAUCCUGUUUGGUUUUGGCCAGGAAUGUGGUGGCGGUAUUUGAAAUCCCUCAAGACUUCAAAGGAAACUGCCAGCGUAUUCUUUCUGCCUUGAAACUAGUACUCUCCUUUCCAUACUCCGACCUUACAGAAUUUGGCUUUUUAAUACCAGAAAUAUGUUUGACUCUCAAAGUAAAUAAGGGCGACACCUGCUUGUUUGUUGUUUCAGACUCUCCAAAUCUGCAGGAUUUCUAUUCCUGUUUACAUAGGUCUUGCUCUCAUUGCUACAUGCCUACUUUAACAAGCUCUGUACUGUACUGUGGCAAAGCCAGCUUGCAAGAAUUUGUCUACCAGCUGAUGGGAUUCUAUCACAUUUCAUCUGAAAACACAGAGAUAAAAGGCUGCUUUCCUGCAUAUAUUUUCUGCCGAAAUAAUGCUGAUGCGCAGAAAGUAUUGUGUGAACCAGAAUUGGCCAGUGAUGACACGACUUGUUCUAAACAUGUUAUUUGUUCUGCACUUUAUUCCACAUUUCAUAAAUCUACUGGAGAGAGCCACUACAUGUUCCAUCCCUGUUGGAUAUUUCUAACACCCCAGCACCUACAUAUAGUUCAAGUUGAUUUUAAUGCACUACCCGGUCAAUAUAUAGACUCUGAGAAUGCUAGAAGCAUAUUCAAACUGAGCAGGAUUCCUCUGGCUUCUGUUCUUUUGCACCCCAUCAGUCAUUCUAUUCAGCAAGAAGGUUCAUUUUCAGAUGGGCAUGUGCUGGAAUUACUCAUUGGCUAUAGAUUUGUCACGGCAGUAUUUGUCCUACCUCAUGAGAAAUUCCAUUUUCUAAGAGUCUAUAGUCUUCUGCGGACACUUCUGCAAGACAUCAAGACGAUAAUUAUUUUCAAGGCUUCCAACAAUAUAGAACCAGGAAGAAAUUCUCUCAUGGAUUCCACGAGGCGUUGCCAAACUACAAGCUUUUACAAGCCUCACUUGCCGUUCUCAUCUCUGUAUCCAUCUGAAUUUCUGAUGCAGAAAAUUACUGAGGAAAACCAGAUACCCGUGCACCUUCCAGUCUCUGCAUCUCUUCAAUAUGUGGCUGGGCUAAAGGGAAAAUCCAUUAUAGAAUUUUUCCACAGCAGCAUUGCUGAGGUGGAAAACGAAGAGCUGAGGCAUCUCAUGUGGUCAUCUGUUCUGUUUUAUAAAGCUCCAGAUAUGGAAGUGACAGCUUGCGUACUACUGUCAACUAAAGCUAUUUACUUCUUGUUGGAUGAUUCUGUGACUCAUUCUAGUGAGCACCAUUUAGGUUUUUGGAACAAAGGUCUCUUGGACUAUGAAUUCAAUUCUUUCCACCUCUCUUGCUGCUUAGUUCUAAAAUUAAAUGAUCUACACUCAGUGAACAUUGGACUUUUUGAUCAGUAUUUUCGACUUGCAGGGCAUUCAGCAGAACAUAUAUUAACUUGCCUAACGAGAGACAGUUACAGUACGCAUGCCUUUAUCCAGCACCUCAUGGCAGUGCUGUCAUUACUGGCAAGGACACCAUCACCAGAGCCAGUGGAUAAGGACUUCUACUCUGAAUUUGGAAAGAAAAGUACAGGAAAAAUGGAGAAUUAUGAACUGAUUCACUCUAGCCGAGUGAAGUUUAUAUAUCCCAAUGAAGAAGAAAUUGAAGACCUUGCCUUCCUAGUAGCAGAGAAGACGAACAGUGUGAUUCACUUCCAAUCUCUGAAUAUACUUCUUUAUGUGUUAGCAUUUCAAGUGAAUGCUGCAGAAGGGACUGCUCAAUCCAACAGCUCACUUCAACCUAAAACACUGAUCUUAACCAGCUCAGAUUUGUUUCUUUUCAAUGAGGAUUACAUCAGUUACCCGCUACCUGAAUUUGCAAAGGAACCACCAAAGAAAGACAAGUAUCAGCUUGUAGAUGGAAGAAGGAUCCGUGAUUUAGAUCGCGUGCUCAUGGGCUAUCAGAUGUAUCCUCAGUCUCUCACAUUUGUUUUUGAUGAUAUUCAGAAUCAAGAUCUCAUGCAAAACCUGACCCUAGAUCACUUUGGCAAUGUUCUCAGCUUUCCUAAAGGGCAAAUUACCCCAGAGGGCAACAGCAGUCGAGAGAUCCUGUGGUGUAUCUUUAUCCCAAGUCCAGAAAGCCGUGAGAAACUAAUAUCUCUGCUUGCUAGGCAGUGGGAGAUCUUAUGUGGCCGAGAACUGCCUUUGGAGCUCACUGGGUAGUUCAUUUGAAUUUUUGUCAAGAUCAUGAAUUAACACACGGUAUUGACUGAGUUAAACUGGGAUUGGCAUUUUCUUCAGUAACAUAACAUGAAUUUGAAGUUUACCUGUGCAUUACCAUUACAGUUUCUUGUGCAGUGAAGAGGUUUUAAUAGUACAACAUAAUUACUUAAUUGUUGAACUGUAAUUUUCUAAACUCUAUUUUUAUGUAACAGUACAUAUUCAGAAUUCCUAAUUAAGCAUCUUAGGCAACUGUAUGGAACAAAAGGAGUCAAGACUUGGCAUAUUUUCAUUUAGGGCUGUAAUGUUUCCACUGUGGUUUUGUACAGAUAUUGGUCUUGCUAUUCUAAACAAAUGACAUGUAAAUAAUGAUAGCAAGAGGCUUGUGCUCUGUCAAAGUGCAAUGUUCUUUGUACAAGAUGUAUUUUAUUGCCUAUGCUGCUAACAAUUAUUUAAUGAUCCUUCUGAUAAUUUUUACAUUUUGUCUUUUUAUGAUGUGUCAAAUUUAAGUUUGUAUGCUUAUCAUGAACAUGAUAGCAGAGUUCACCUAUAAUCUAAAACUACUUUUACAUCUGAUGUAACAGUUUGAAAAAAGUUAACAAUUUUAAUUCACCAAUGCAGACAUAAAGAUUGGCCAGGUUUCACAAUAACUAUCUUGUUUCCAACAAAUAACAAGGCACUUGUAGUUCAGAGCACUGUGUUUCUGUUGCCAACUUCCAAUACAAAUAAACUAAAAUUUGACACAAUUGUG